CACACACAAUUAGAAGAAGAAAAAGAUAGAAGAGGAUCCAAGAUCUAAGACAUGGAAGCCAAAACAUUUGCAAGUUCUUCUAACCAUGUUUUCACAUUUGCAAUCUUCAUCUUGCUAGCAAUUUCAAGCAUUACUUUAGCAUGUGAUGAUAAUUCUAAAUACACUUCCAAUACCCUCUCAAAUUCCACCAAAGCCAAUGAUAAUGAAACCAACCCCCAAUUUAGAACCUAUAUAAAAAAAUCAUGCAAUUCAACCACUUACCCUUAUAUAUGCUACAAAUCUUUAUCUCGAUAUGCUUCAAUAAUUGAAGCAGAUCCGAUAAAGUUGUGCAACGUCACUCUCUCGGUCGCUUUAAAAGCGGCUCAAAGUGCAUCCUCAACCGUAUUAAAACUUCUAAAAAGCGGUGACAUUUACUGGUCAAACUCCGAAGAAGAAGUUGUGCAAGACUGCUUUAGCAAUUUGAAGGACUCUAUAGAACAAUUGCAAGACUCACUUCAUGCAAUGAAAAAUUUGGAUGGUAAAUUUGAUAAAGAAUUUCAACUUAGUAACAUAAAGACUUGGGUUAGUUCUGCUAUCACUAAUGAUCAAACUUGCUAUGAUGGGUUUGAUGAGAUGAAUGUGGACUCCACACUUAGGGAUAAAAUUAGAAGCAGAGUUUUGAAUGUGGCUAGGAAGACUAGCAAUGCUUUGUAUUUCAUCAACAAUAACUAUUAAAUGAGGUUAUAAGUUUAUUAAUUGAGGC